AUGGAAUAUCUUGGCUCAGUCCGAGCCCAGGCAGAUGACCUGCCACCAUUCGAAGAAAUUACUAUCACAAAUGUCAAGAAAUUGUCCGAGAGAUCGGACCUCAAAUCCUGGAAAACCAACCCCAACCUCCUUGAUAUCAUCAGCAAACAUCAGCAUAUUCCACGACCCAUCCUCGACCACAUCAAAUAUGAGAACUGGCUGAAAUGGUCGCAGCUUACCUACCUUGCGAUCAUCAACUUGUUGCCCGACGCAGAGGACAUCGAGGUUAGGGAAUUCAUGAAGCUGUGGACGAUGCGACGGUGCCAGUUUUGUUCGCUCCAUGCCUUUGUUUCCACUUGCCGCGCUCAGGCUAGUAUCUGCAAGGAAGUUAAGAUCGGUGUCAGCUGCUGGUGGCUUCCUACCCAGUUGAUACUUCACGAGCUCAAGGGGGAGAUGCCAGACUUGGCCUAUUACAUCAACUUUGGGAUUGGUGAACAACCUCCUAAUGAACCUGAACGUAUGACGUACCGCGAGUUUGACAGAAUCGUGGGGGGUAUCCUGCAUACUUUGAACAGGGACAACCAAUCCUCCUUGUAG